CUCCCCCCCUGUGGAAGUAUUUGAUAUGGAGAAGUUGGGAGGGAGCAAAAGGCGCGGACUCAGCCCUAGCACGAGUAGGGAGAAUAGCAAGGAGCAAGACAAGAAGUCCUACUUGUUUGUUACGAUAUUUUCCUGGCAGCAUGCCCAUCAAUCCAUUGCAUGGGUUGCCUAUGCAGCAACACUGGCCCAGUCAACAAGUUCCAUUGCUGGGACCCUCGCGAUUCCCUGGCUCAGACGGUCUACAAGAAUUACAUGCACGUGUUUACGGGCAGAUGGCACUUGCCCAGCAGAUGUAUGGACAGCCUUUUUUGCCUCAGCCUGCGUUGUCGAUGCCGCCACUGGUACCCCUUGCAGCGGAGGGCCUCCGCCAGCAGCCGUUUGCGGUGUCUAUGGCUGCGCCAAGCAUUGUUGCGGCAACAGGGCCUGAGUAUAGCGUUCGUGGAUGUCCAAGCGGCACGAGCGGCGCGAAUGGUGUGAGCAUUGCACCAGGUGCGGUGACAGAGACAGCUUCUGCUGAGGCCUCCGCUGGGUCGCUCCAAUCACCCGCACAAAACGGUCAGCCGCAACCGUUAACGGAAACCGAGAUGGCCUUCAACGCUGACGAUGAACUCGCGCUCGCAAACACAUUGCUGAGUAUGUCUCUAGAGGAGCAAGCCAAUGUGGGGGCGGGAUUUUCCGGUGGCCGUCAAGUAUGGGGGAGCAGGGGGCAACUAAACGAGUUUGAUGGGCUGCGCGGGCUCGGCACAUAUGAUGUAGGUUUGGGGUCAGAGCACAUGACGCACAACGGAAAGCUUGAUGGUAGGGUUUUGAGCAAUGGGGUAUUGCCGGAAGGAUAUCACCGAAAAGAAGCGACGGAUUCUUCUCAGCUACUACAGGCACCAGUACGACCGCAACAGGCAUUGGAACGCGAGGUAGGCGACACUUCGCGCGAGGGGUGUCCAUGAAGGGAAAAGUGUUUACGACUGUCACGUGUCAUGUGGACAACUACAGGCGGGAGGUACUCUCCUAGUCUAGUUAAGCAGCGCUGCACCUAGUUCUAGGUGGCUGUUGACUUCAUACGCCAACUCACUGUUUCUCCUUGUCAGGUACUUGUUGGUGGAAUGCAGUUAUGUAAUAUGUGGCUUCUGAGCCAAGGGGCGAGGAACCUGGUGGGAC